AUGAAGUAUCUCGUCUUUGUUGCUCUCUUCGGAUGCUCUAACGCCUUCCUCUUCAGUCUUCUCGGAGGAGGAGGUGGCGGCGGUGGCUGCUGUGCCCCACCACCACCACCAUGUGGAGGAGGAUGCGGAGGAGGAGCUCCACCACCACCACCGUCCGGAGGAUACGCCGUCGCCCCAGCCGCCUAUGCUCCACCACCACCACCACCAGCACCAAUCGGAGGAGGAUACGCUCAAUCCGGAGGAUUCGGAGGAGCCGGUGGAGCUUACCAAGCCCCAGCCAUCGGAGGAGGAGGCUCAUACGCUGGAGCCGGACAAGGAGGAUUCGGAGGAGCCCAACAAGGAGGAUACGCCGGAGCUGGACAAGGAGGAUUCGGAGGAGCUCAACAAGGAGGAUACGCUGGAGCCGGACAGGGAGGAUUCGGAGUAGCUCAGCAAGGAGGAUACGCCGGAGCCCAACAAGGUGGAUUCGGAGGAGCCCAACAAGGAGGAUACGCCGGAGGAGCUCAACAAGGAGGAGCCGGAGGAUACCAACAAGGACCAGCUAUCGGAGGAGGAGCCGGAGGAUACCAAGGAGGAGCCCCAGCCCAAGGAGGAGCCGGAUACCAACAAGGACCAGCUCAAGGACCAAUCGGAGGAGGAGCCGGAUACCAAGGACCAGCCCCAGCUCAAGGAGGAGCCGGAUACCAACAAGGAGCCGCCGCCGUCGUUUCUGAGGGACAACAAGGAUACCAACAACAACAACAACAACAGCCAGCUCCAGCCGCUUCAUACGGAGAGCAAGCCCCAGCUCAACCAGCUCCAGCUGCCUCUUACGGAGAGCAAGCCCCAGUCCAAACCCAACAAGAGACUGUCCAACAAACCUUCGAGUCUGCCCCAGCUCCAGCUCAACCAGCUGCUGAGUACGGAGCCCAACAGCCAGCUCAAACCGAGCAAGUUGUUGAGACUUCUGCUUCUGGAUACAGAAACAAGUUCCACCUCAAGAAGGCCGCCAAGGCAUAG